AUGGACAGCUUUCAGUUCGAACGGUCGUCCGAUAUAUCCAAUAUGACCACGAUAAAGACAAAUGUCUUUGUGUUUGUGGAUACCAAUUGGCCGUACAAUUGGAUAGUCGACUAUGUGGCUUACGUUUUGCAGAACCUCAACAUACAUCCUUAUGCAAGCACUGUAACACUUUUUGCCGCCUCAGAUGCUUCAGUUAUAGUGAAUACAACCGACUAUAUAGUAGACGUGUACCAGCAAUGGAAUUUUACCACGCACUAUUGGCAUCCACCUGGCUUUAAUCUUCCCCUUAUACUGAACACACUAAGCACUCGGGUAGAGGACUUGCUGGCUGUAGAACGAGACACUGAUUAUCUGGGCGGACGAUCAUUGGUCGCACUGCUUGUGCCUAGUCCGACAUCAUUUGUGGAUGAGAACGACUACGACUACUGUGUGCACUAUAUGAAGCGUCUGCGUUAUAGCUUGCCACAUGUGGAGUUCAUCUAUUAUGGAGGAGGUGCUUUGGUCAGGUUUCACGACUUUGUGCGUCAGCCCAAGAGAGAUUUGCUUCUGCUGAACAUUAAUAAGCCGCCGGAGGAAUGUGGAACGCCAGUCAUUCAGCGUAUUCGACAGGUUCCACGUCGCAUCUGGAAUCCGCGAUGCUCUUCGAAUGGAGCCAUUAGCCAGUAUGGCCUUAACUCUUUGGAGCAAUACGGACGUUUGAAUACCAUCAAUUUUUACCGUCUGGAUGCUCUCUACAUGCCCAACAGGCAGAGCAUGCGAUAUCUUAAGAUCGCACCCAUUAGUAAAAUUACUUUCACCGUCUGUUUCUCGCGCAGCAUUGAGUUGCCCUUCCGCAAUGCAAGCCAUCCGCUGCGCCAGGACGAGAGCUGUGAGAGCACGGCAUUGGGUCCAUUUAGCUACGACUUGACGGACGCCUGUGUGGGCUACGACUAUGAACCUUGUCCGCCGCUGUUCUUCUCAGUGCAGGCGCAGGGCUUUGGAGAUAUUUCGUGUAACCAAGCCGCGUGUCAAACACCGGAUGAAGCGCAAUACGUUAUCAGUCUGAAUAAUCUCGGCUGCAAUGGUGCUUUGUCUAUGCAGUUGACAGCAGGUCUACUAUUGACUGCUCUCUGUAGUAUUUUAAUAUUCUAG